AUGAUGUCAACCAGGUCGCCGCCGCAAGGCUCAGGCGCCCUUAACGCCAACCCUCAACUCCUGCGAACAUGCCUGCACAGUCGACAAACAUUCACGCACGGAUGGGUCUCGUCGGACAUCUUCGGACCCAAUGUACCAAAGCAUCUGACAACCCCAACUGCAGCCUCUUCGACUGCCUCCGCUCCAACCCCCAACGGCAUUUUCUAUGACGGCCCGUCCGCCACCGUUGUUCACCGCCAUUUCCAUUACCCUUGCCAAAACCUCUGCGGUGACGACGACAACGACCACAUCUCGCGUUUUCGCUACCGAUCAAAACGCUCUCAACGGCGCGCCAACACCCAACACCCGCCAUUAUCAUCGAAACCUCCAGUGAUGCAGAUUGGGUCCUAA